ACGUCAUCGAUCACUGUCUUCCAUCUCACUCUUGUUGACCUUCCUCACCAUUUCUUCAAAUCCUUCUCAACUUCAUAAAGAUUUCAAAGAUAUCUCCCAGAAAAUCAUAAUAAUCUAUCAAUAUGCAGUCUGUGAAAGCUGUCGGUGCCGCUAUUGGAUCGAAGGUGGGUAAGGCCGCUAUCACCAUGAAACAUGACGACGAUGUAGUGAUCUGCUCAGCAGUGAGGACUCCAAUCACUCGAGCCAAGAAAGGUGGCUUCAAGGACAGCUGUCCCGAAGACCUCUUGAGCGCGGUAUUGUCCGCUGUAGCCGAACGUGCGCGUCUACCUGACAAAGCAUUAGUCGAAGACAUUGCGGUCGGAAAUGUUUUGGCCGCCGGUGGAGCAGCCACAGUGUCUAGAAUGGCUUGCUUACAUGCUGGUUAUCCAAGCUCUACCGCCUUGAACACAGUUAACCGACAAUGCUCCAGUGGAUUGGCUAGUAUUACACAAAUUGCCAACGAAAUCACAACCGGUCAAAUUGACAUGGGCAUCGCUGCCGGUGUGGAGAGUAUGACGAUGGGCUAUGGUGCAGGUGCUAUGCCAGAAAAGAUGUCUGACAAAGUUACCGCUGUACCUGAAGCCGCGGAUUGUCUUCUACCCAUGGGAAUCACCAGCGAGAAUGUAGCUACCGAGUUUGGUAUCUCACGGAAUGAGCAAGACGAGUUUGCCGCUAAAUCGUUUGCGAAAGCAUUAGCCGCUCAACGAGCUGGCAAAUUCAAGGAUGAAAUCGUCCCGGUGCAGGCUGUUUGGACAGACCCAAAGUCUGGCGAUGAGAAAAAUAUCGUCGUGUCUGAAGACGAUGGGAUUCGUGACGGUGUGACCGCUGAAUCACUUGGAAAACUCAAACCAGUUUUCAGCAAGACUGGAUCGACCCAUGCUGGAAACGCGUCUCAAGUUUCGGAUGGUGCUGCUGCUGUCCUGUUGGUCCGUCGCUCGGUUGCCAAAAAAUUAGGCCUACCCAUCUUGGGUAAAUUUUACACGUCAGUUGUCGUGGGUGUACCACCCCGAAUCAUGGGUAUCGGUCCUCUCUAUGCUGUCAACAAGCUUUUGGAGAAGUGUGGGAUUCGUAAAGAAGAAGUUGACUUCUAUGAGAUCAAUGAAGCCUUUGCAUCACAGGCUGUAUACUCUGUCAAAGGUUUAGGAAUUCCUUUCGAAAAGGUGAACCCUGUGGGGGGUGCCAUUGCUUUUGGGCAUCCAUUGGGAGCCACCGGAGCCCGACAAGUUGCCACCGCAAUGUCUGAAGCCAAGCGAUCCCGCGCGAGUAUCUUUGUGACCAGUAUGUGCAUCGGCACUGGAAUGGGAAUGGCCGGUCUUUUUGUGAAUGAGCAAGCAUGAGUCAAUCAAAUGGGCAACUUCUUAUCGUGUACGUCUUUGUGGACAUGUAGGCAUAUGUAUUUGUCUGUUUGGUACAGCCAUUUUUGUUUUCGUUUGUAACAAUCUACUUUCACAGUAUCAUGCAUCCUGUCUGCACCACCCAUAGAAGCGAGGAUUGCAAUGCUUAGAUUUAAUGAG